GGGACUGAGAAUUGUCGAAUGCCUCGCCCUAUCGUGGGAAACGCCAAACACGUGCGGCAUGAAGAAAGCUUGCCCCGCCUCUCUAUCCUAAAAUCUUAGAAUCCACCGGAUCUCCGUUAUAUUCUUGAUUCGCUAUUCCCCUGAUUUAUGAGACUUUAUUUAUUUUACCUUACAAUCCCAGAAGACAUGGAUCCCUUCAGCAUUACUGUCGGCGCCCUUGGCAUUACAGGGUUUGCUCUAUCCAGCAUCGAUCAUCUUCGUGGUUUGAUUGGUAGCCUAGCAGAUGCCAAAGAAGUGGUCCAAGAUAUCGCCUCAUCCUUGGAGGCCAUCCAGCGCCCGCUCACUGCUCUGGAACAACUCAAAAUUUCUGACAGCGCGACAUAUGCCGAAGCCAAAUCAGAUCUCGAAAAGACUGGAGUUGUGGAGGCCGUGAAUAAAUGCGGUCAGGCGUGUGCUGACUUUACAAAUCAACUUCAGCAAUGGACAAAACACUCUAGCAACACCAAACUUUCACUUCGAGAUCGUCUUUCCGUUGGCGUAUGGAAUAAAGAGAAGAUACAUACAUUCAGAACACAAGUUCAAUCGUGCCAGGCCAUUGUUCAGUUUGCCAUUGGAAGUACCCAACUUCUCGUUCAGUUUCGGUCGGAAUACACCUCAAAGACUAAUCGUGAGGAGCUGAAGACAGGAUUUCAAAACCUAGAGAAAGCGAUCAAGGAGCAUAUCACCCUCACGAAGGAGCUGCAAACUGAAGCCUUAGAACGCAAGGAAGAACUUCAGAAAGAACCAGAGGAUGAGGAAGAUGGUGGUGCUCAACGAACUCUGGCAAUGAAGGAAGUUGAAGAGCAGUCACGCCUUCUAGAGGUUAACCGAACCGCCUCCGAAGUUGUUGCAUCAAAAUUACGCGAUACAUUGUUAGGUCAACGCGGCGGUAACACAUAUAGCGCAACAUUUUCAGGUAGCCACAAUAGUGGCAUGCAGAUCGGCUAUAGCUCGGGUCCGAUCACCUGGAAUUCUAAUAGCAAAGACAAUCAAAAGUAACGAAGACUGUCUCAUUACACUUUGUUACUAAACAGAGUGAUUUUUCUCUUGGAUUCUCCCUUAGAUAUCAGUGCUACGAUGCGCUAUACCGUGAUUAGUUAGAUCUUUCGUAUGAAGAAGAUAAUAACAAAGUAUACUUUAGAAACC